GCAAUAACACAUUAAAAAGGAGGAAGCACACGGAUAGAAAGGUUGCAUACAGUGGUUUUUUUGUGCGAAGCUCCUGGCAUCAACGAGGAAGUGCAGUGCAGUAACUGCGCCUGUGUUACUAUUAUACAGUACACAGACGCGUCGCGCUGGAGCAUGCUCAAAACCUGAAGAUGCCUCCUAAAAGAGUGUUUCCUAGGCAGGAAUCGCUCCUGCUCCCCGCCGUCGUCAACCCAUUCUGCCUGGACUUUAAACUGACCAAAAGCGACAAAAUCAAAUGUUUUCUUCUGGGAAUCAUCCUCGUGCCGCUGCGCUGUGUCUUCCUCUUCCUGGUUCUUAUGGUAGCAUGGCUCGUUUCCUCCCUAAUCACGUUCAAGCGUCCUCUCAAAGGAGAAUUGGAACCUUUUACAGGAUGGAGGAGAUUUAUGUGUCACAGAGUGAUGGCGGUUCUGGGCCAGCUGUGUUUCUUUGCCAUGGGCUUUCGUGUCAUAGUCAAGGGGAAACAAGCAACUAGCAAAGAUGCUCCGAUUCUGGCUGUGGCUCCUCAUUCUUCAUUCUUUGACUCUAUUACCUGCAUCGUAUCAGGCAUGCCUUCUGUGGUAUCCCGCACUGAGAAUCUACUUCCUCCCAUGUUCGGACGAUUUCUGCGCUGCCUGCAGCCUGUUGUCGUCUCACGGGAAGAUCCAGACUCACGCAAAAACACAAUCAUACACAUCACCGAGCGGGCCAGAUCAGAAGGCCGCUGGCCACAGUUGCUGAUUUUCCCGGAAGGAACUUGCACAAACAGAUCUUGUCUCAUUACUUUCAAACAAGGUGCUUUCUUACCAGGAGUCCCUGUUCAACCAGUGCUUAUCAGAUACCCCAAUAAACUGGACACAGUAACAUGGACAUGGCAAGGUCCUGCAUUCCGGACCCUGGUUCUCCUCACCCUGUGUCAGUUGUAUACAACGGUGGAAAUUGAGUUCCUUGCUCCAUAUAUUCCCAAUGAGGAAGAGAAAAAUAACCCCAUAAAAUUUGCACAGUCUGUGAGGAGUCAAAUGGCAAAGGCUCUGGGUGUACCUGAAACAGAUCACACGUUUGAGGACUGUCGACUAAUGAUCACAGCGGGGCAGUUGACUCUACCCAUGGAGGCGGGGCUAGUGGAGUUCACCAAGAUUAGCAGGAAGCUUAAUCUGAAAUGGGACAACAUGCAUAAGGAACUGGAGAAUUUUGCUACCAUCGCUAAAUCGUGCAAAGGAGGUCGAAUCAGCAUAGAGGAGUUUGCUGGUUUUCUCAAGAUGCCCAUCAGCCCUGUGCUUCAGGAGCUCUUUGCACUUUUUGACAGAGAUGGAGACGGCACCGUUGAUUUUAGAGAAUAUGUCAUUGGUAUGACAGUGUUGUGUCGACCAGCGAACACAGAAGAAGUCAUCCAGACAGCAUUUAAGCUUUUUGAUGUAGAUGAUGACAACAGCAUCACUCGAGAUGAGUUUGCCAGUCUGCUGCGCUCCACUCUCGGGGUCUGCGACCUUGACGUCACCAACCUCUUUAAUGAGAUUGAUAUCGAUGGAUCAGAUCACAUCACAUACGAUGAGUUCCUCGCCUUCGCUUACACCCACCCCGAGUAUGCUAAACUCUUCACAACAUACAUUGAGCUCCAGCGUUACCAGUGCGGAGUGGAAAUGGGAGAAGGACCCAUCUCUAGCCUCACUUCCUCCUCUACACUUCCUUCCAGUGAGCAACAGGAUGAAUGUAACCCAGACAAGAAAGAUGACUAAGUACUAUCUUUCACAGGCAAAUCAGAUUUCUGCUGGCCUUUUUUGGGGGAGGGAAUUUGAAAAACAGCCACUGUUCAGGUUUAACUCCUGUGUGUUAACUCCCUCUUAUGUGCCUCCGCAGCAUCCAAAGAAAUUACAAUGGAUUUGGUUUGAAUUAAUAUAUAUACAUAUUUGCUUUCAUCAUUUUUAUGUUACUUUCUGCUUAACUGUUAUUAAAAACACACAAAAAACGGUGAGUUUAUGCAUCUUGCUGCUUGAUUACAAAACUUAGACUUUUUGUGAUCCAGAGCUGCACAGUUAUUUCUCAUUACAUAAAGAAAACUUUAAUGGUACAAAGUUUACAACUUGUUCUUUGAACACUGCUAAUGUCUGAUAAUGACUUACCUGAUAAAGACAUUUUAUUCACAGCAACAAUAUAUUUACUUUAUGUUUCACAGGUGAAAAAUAUAUCAUCUUUUGAUCUUGUUGAAUAUAUUAACACUGACUGAUAAAAUUUUAAUAUCACUUUUAUAUGAAAUAGAUUUGGGCAAUUUCAUGCAAUGAAUUUUGAUAUGUUCUAUGUUUAUUUCUUCUUGUAUGUUUUGCACUCAGUUGAGAAGAUUAAUGAAACUUUAGUCCUUCAUUCCUUACUCUUGUACACUGAGUUUUACUGUAGUUACUAAAUAAUUAAUCAUUAAUAAAUACCUGAUAAAUAUGCA